AUGAGCUUGAGGUUGAUAUUGAAGAGAAGCUACAGUGCUGGUAAGAAAGCUACAACGAUGGCAGGCUCUAACGAAAAGUUCACUAAAGUGUUCAACAAGAUCGAUGAAUUGACACCCAAAUUUGUCGACAGACUGGCCAAGGCAGUUGAGAUCAAAGCAGUCUCCGGCGACGAGCUUUUGAGACCAGAAGUGGUGAAAAAGGCGCAUUUUCUUUCGAAACAACUGGAAUUGCUGGGAUUCGAAGACAUUCAACUCCGGGAACUUGGCACGCAACCUCCACCGGUGAAUAAUCCUUCGCUGCAAUUGCCUCCUGUGGUCUUGUCACGCUACGGUUCCGACCCAUCGAAAAGGACUGUUUUGGUGUACGGCCAUUACGACGUACAACCUGCAUCGAUCGAAGACGGUUGGGAUUCUGAGCCUUUCAAGCUUGUCAUUGACGAGGAUAAGCAGUUGAUGCGCGCACGUGGAUCUUCUGACGACUCGGGUCCGCUUUUGGGCUGGCUCCACGUCGUUCAAGCGCAUAGAGAAGCCGGUGUCGAAUUGCCAGUCAAUCUGAUUACGUGUUUUGAAGGUAUGGAAGAGUCUGGGUCUAUUGGGCUCGACAAGUUGAUUGCACAAGAGGCCAAAGGUUAUUUCAAGUCCGUCGACACCGUGUGCAUUUCAGAUAAUUACUGGCUUGGUACCCGCAAACCGGUUUUGACCUACGGUUUGCGUGGUUGCAGUUACUACGAAGUCAUAAUCGAGGGUCCUGGCGCCGAUCUUCACUCCGGAAUUUUUGGAGGUGUCAUCGCUGAGCCAAUGACCGACCUGAUCAAGGUUUUAGAUUCGCUUGUGGACUCGCAAGGGCGCAUUCUUAUCAAGGGCAUCAACGAAAUGGUUGCACCCGUUACCGAGCAAGAAAAGAAACUUUACGAUGAUAUUGAGUUCAGUCUUGAUGACAUGAACGAAGCCUCGGGCUCUGAGACCUGCUUAUACAAGUCCAAAUCCGACAUCCUCAUGCACCGUUGGAGAUUCCCAUCUCUUUCUAUUCAUGGGAUUGAAGGUGCGUUUUCUGGCUCUGGUGCCAAAACCGUAAUUCCUGCUCGUGUGGCCGGUAAGUUCUCUAUCAGAACCGUUCCAAACAUCGAGCCCAGAAAAUUGGACAAAUUGGUCAUCGAACACUGUCAGAGUGUCUUUGAGUCCUUAAACUCUCCCAACACAUUUAAAGCGGAGCUGAUUCACGAUGGUGACUACUGGAUUUCGGACCCAUUCAACGCCUCGUUCACAGCCGCUGCCAAGGCCACUAAGACUGUUUAUGGUGUUGAACCAGAUCUUACAAGAGAAGGUGGUUCUAUCCCUAUCACGCUUACUUUUGAAAAAGAGCUGAAGACGAACGUUCUCUUGUUGCCAAUGGGAAGAGGUGAUGACGGUGCUCAUUCUAUAAAUGAAAAGUUGGAUUUAAGCAAUUUUGUCGGUGGAACCAAAACGAUGGCAGCGUACCUACAUUACUAUGCGGAAUCCAAAGAGAAAUGA